UCCCAUUCUGAACCCCUCCCGCUCCUGCUCUGCCACAGUCUCUAUAAAAUCUAUUCCCAAGCUGCUUCGUGGAAGAGCGCACGGCUGCGUGGAACGGCGCGCAACAGCAACGGCUCGGGGGAAACUGUUGUGAGUGGACACUUUCUGUUUUACUUCUCGAAACACCGACACCGACGGACUUUUUUUUUUGAAAGGCAUCGGAUCCCCAUUCUUAACUUUAGACUUUUUCGGAGCAGCGCGUGGAAGGAUGACAGGCGUCUGGGCGACGGUCCUCAUCUGCUUCUUCUCCUCGGGCCACUGCGCGAUGGCAACGCAGUUCGCCUUCUACAACUUCUCCGCGGACAACGAGCUGCGCCCCAGCUUCAUCCAGCGGCGGCUGCGGAGCCAGGAGCGCAGGGAGAUGCAGCGCGAGAUCCUCUCCAUCCUCGGGCUGCCGCGCCGUCCGCGGCCGGCGGCCCACAGCAAGCACAACGCCGCGCCGGUCUUUAUGAUGGACCUGUACAACACCGUCUCCACGGACGCCCAUGCUCAUUACAAGCCCGUUUUACCGGGCCGGGGCUCCCACAUGGUCACACAACGGGACAGCCGGUUCCUCGACGACGCAGAUAUGGUGAUGAGCUUUGCCAACCUGGUGGAGGAGGACGGAGAUCGACUUCACAAGCGCCACCGAAAGGAAUUUCGCUUUGACCUGUCCCGUAUUCCGGAGGGAGAGACCGUCACAGCAGCGGAGCUCAGGAUAUACAAGGAUUUCAUCCAAGACAACGAGACCGUCAGAAUCAGCCUCCACCAGGUUCUGCAGCAGCACGGAAACGGUGAAGUGGAGCUGUUGCUACUGGACCGUCGAGAUGUUUGGGCUUCAGACGAGGGCUGGCUGGUUUUCGACCUGACCUUCACCACUAACCUGUGGGUGGUCAACCCGGAGCAGAACCUUGGACUGCACCUGGUCCUGGAGGACCAGCACGGCCACAGGCGGGAUCCCAGGCGGGCAGGGCUGAUCACAGGAAGCGGGCCUCAGGACAAGCAGCCCUUCAUGGUCGCCUUCUUCAAAGCGAACGAGGUCCGGUUCCGCAGCGUGCGCUCUGCCCAGAACCAAAGGGGACGACAGUCCAACCGCUCCAAACCCCAGAGGACCGUCCAGGACGCGAUUAAAGCAGUGAAGGCUGCAACAGAUAGCUUUUCUAAAGAUGGGAUCGCUAAAGACGGCUGUAAGAAACACGAGCUUUACGUCAGUUUCCGAGAUUUGGGGUGGCAGGACUGGAUCAUCGCGCCAGGGGGCUACGCUGCGUAUUACUGCGAGGGAGAAUGUGCCUUCCCCCUCAACUCCUACAUGAAUGCCACAUACCACGCCAUUGUGCAGACUCUGGUGCACUUUAUCAACCCAGACCUGGUGCCCCGGCCAUGCUGUGCCCCCACGCAGCUGCACGGCAUCUCGGUGCUCUACUUCGACGACAGCUCCAAUGUCAUCCUCAAAAAGUACCGCAACAUGGUGGUCAGAGCCUGCGGCUGUCACUGAUGGACCCCAACCCCCCCCCACGUCUGUCAACGCUGCAGCUCUGGACGGGGGCUUGAGAACGGCCCGGGCAGAUGAGCCAGGGCCGGGAGGAUUGACUGCUUGGCCACCAGGGAGCCCCCGUCACAGACCGAGCUUUCAUCUGCUGUUCUGAUUUUAUGACCAGCAGCUGAGCUUCUCACAUGAUAUUAACCACUACAAUCAGAACCACUGGUUACAAACAAAGGACGUUCUUUGUUGUCCUCUUCACUGUGACUGUAAGCUUGUGGAACAAUGUGAAGUUACUUCACAAAGCAUGAAUUACUUGAGGCUAAAUGUAAAAGGUCACAAUUAC